AGAGACAGCAAAGGAGAAUAAAUGAACACUGGGGGUUCUCCCAGCCAGCCUGCCUGCCUGCCUGCCUGAUUUCCACUACAGACAAAGGUGAUGCCCUUCUCAGCUGAGGUGGGCGUGCGUGCAUUUUGAAUACCGGUCACCUCGCACACCUUCUUCAUCCUCACAGCUCAAGGCAUUCUGCUGUGAUCUUUCUGCGAAGGACUAGACAGAAACUGAGGCAAGAGCAAGCAGAGAGGCGGAAACGGCAGCAAGAAAUCAGAGCUGGAGGAUAAGAAACGGGGGGGAAGAGGAAAGACAAGCAAGUUAAUGGACUGAAUAAAAAUGAUGCUUAAUCUUUCAUGUAAAUUAUGUAUGCAGCACAUUAAACAAUAAUGUCUCCUCACUGGAAGCUGUGUCUGUGACUCUGUGGACUGUAGACAGAAAAGAGAGAGAUUCAGUCUGGGAUUUCUGCAGCUGCAGCAGAUGUUGAUGACAUCUCAGACUAUAUAGGGAAGGGAGGCAUUUCAAGCAAGUCGGACUGGAAUUCCUUAAAAGUCAAAUUUUUGUCUCUUUGCUCUUCUUUGUGCCUUCAACUGGGAAUUUUGCAGUGCUGAAACAGGAAAAAGAAAAGGACCCGUAUUGCAUCAUUUGGAAACCUUAACAGCCUGCUCUGAAGACAAUUCCUGGGGACUUUCUCACCUUUUUAUGGUCUUUCAGUCUUUCAUUCAUUUGAAAUGAUAAACGCCAGCAGUCUCAUUAUGGAGCACUGCAUUUGGACUGAAACCAUACAGCUUCUCUGAGCUCUACCCAGCGACCGGGCAAAGUAGUGGCUUCUAGGAUUUACUGUAUCCUUGAAGAGCCCUUCGGACAGAUAUUUCUGCCCAAGAUGAUGAAUUCCUCGCUGGAUCCACUGAACCAGAGCUCUGCUGACUUCUCAAACUCAUCUGCUCCCUUUUGCUUACUUGAGAUAGGCUAUUCCCAGAUUUUCACGACCUGCCUCCUUGAAGUUUCGAUCAUACUUCUCCUGACUGUUCUCAUUAUUUCUGGUAACCUAGUGGUGAUUUUUGUGUUUCACUGUGCCCCUCUGCUCAGCCAGCACACCACCAGUGCUUUCAUCCAGACUAUGGCAUAUGCCGAUCUGCUGGUGGGAGUCAGCUGCCUUUUCCCCUCCCUGUCCCUACUCCAUCAUCUUCAGAGCUUCGAUCCCAAACUCACCUGUCAGGUGUUCGGGUACAUGGUAUCUGUUUUAAAGUCAGUUUCAAUGGUGUCUUUAGCAUGCGUGAGUGUAGACCGCUACAUUGCCAUCACACGGCCUCUGACUUAUGCAUCCCUAGUGACACCUUGUCGAGUGCGCUGCUGUAUUGUGUUGAUAUGGCUUUACUCUGCUCUGGUGUUUCUCCCAUCUUUUCUUGGAUGGGGGAAACCUGGUUAUCAUGGCGAUGUUGUGGAGUGGUGCGCAGUGGAAUGGAGGACAAGUCGGGCUUUCACAACCUUCAUUGUUACGCUGCUCUACGCUCCAGCUGCUCUAACUGUCUGUUUCACUUACGCAAACAUCUUCAAGAUCUGCCGACAGCACACCCGAGAGAUCAGCGAGCGCCAUGCACGUUAUGGACCUCAGCAACUGCAGGGCCCAAGAAUCGCAGUUGGCUCUGUGGUCAAGGACAACAGUACAGUAGAGCAAGGACAGUUACCCCACUUGUCCCAACCCCAGUAUCAGCAGUCCACAUCAGCAUACCCAGACAGACGUUAUGCUAUGGUGUUGUUUCGCAUUACUAGUGUGUUUUAUAUCCUUUGGUUGCCCUAUAUCCUCUACUUUCUGUUGGAGAGUGGAGGGAUCUACCACCACCCUGCAGCAUCAUUCCUUACCACAUGGCUGGCUAUUAGUAACAGCUUCUGUAACUGCCUCAUUUACAGCCUCUCCAACUCUGCCUUCAGGAAGGGCCUCAAACGUCUCUGCUCUUUCUGUUUGCAGCGCAGCGGCAGCAACUAUGGGGUUAGGAACACCAAAAAGGCUUUUUUUGGUUCUGCUGAAAAGGGGUGGGGAUAUGGUCACGGGGAGAUGAGAACUGGUACAACAUGUCACGUGUAGGGUAAACACUUUUGCCAAAUUGGCAUUUGGACACGUAAGAAACGGCUGAAGUGAUGGCUGUUAAAAUGCUGCUAAAAUGUGCUGUAAAGAGAUGGAACAAGGUGUUGAAUAGCCUAUGCCGUUUCUGUUGCAUUUGGAAGUUAGACAAGCAUCCUCUCUGCACAAGCCACAGCUGGCAAGUAGAAUAAGUCGAGAGUAAAUCUAUGAGAAAAAAAAAAGUGGCUCUUCAUGAUGUUUUAAAAUGGUCAAGGACAGGCAUGAUAGGUGGAGGGGGGUUGAAAUAAGGAAAAAAAAAGUAUAUGAGAGCCGUAGACGUAAAGUAACUUGAGGAUGAACAAAAGGUUUAUCUACCAGUGUUCCUUUUUUUAAGUGAAUCCUUAAAUUGUUAUAACAAAAACCCUUACCGAAACUGUGUUGAAAAACUAAAUGUGCCGUUUCUGAAAUAAAGUGAUUUCACUUCAUUUGCCAGAUCAUCGUCACAUAAGUAAUACUGAAUGAAGCGCAGGAUAGAUGAAUGCAAACAGAACAAGUGACUUCUGUGAUUAAGGAUCGAUGUACUGAAGCUAACUGAUAACAACCAGCUCGUUAAUUAUGGUUUUCAGUCCUCAUACCAUAAAUCAGUGUUAAAUAUUAAAAAUGAUGCAACUUUUUUUCUUUAAAUAUUUGUUGUCUCUUGUCGCUGAAGGAGUAGGUAGGUGUAGACCCACCUAGAUUUACCGACUUUGAAUUUUAGAUUAACCUAUUUAUUGAUGUUGCUCACAAAUGUCUUUAAAUGAUUUGUGAGUUUGCACACUACAUCCAUUUUCUUUGUAAUAUAGUAUGGUAACCAGCUUUGGCAUAUGACUGUUAACCUGAAAAAUGCAGAUGUAAUGAUUAGUGAAUAUCUCUUUCAAGUAAUAUGUCAUUGCACCUUUGUUAUGAUUAUGUAGCAAAUGUGAUUUUGUGUUUCUGGGGCACUGAAAGGCCGAGGAAGGAUGUAUUAUUGCACUUAUUUUAUAUUGAUUAUUGGUACAUCUUUGGGCUAAUUUUAUUUAUUUUUUAAGAGAUUUUUCUUGUUGGUUAGAGGAAAAACAAAGAAGCAAAGAAAAAAACCCACAACUAUAUUUUCAACCACAAAAGCCUAAACUUAUUAACUUUUUUUAAGGAACUGAACAUUUUCUUUGGGCUGUUCCUAAUGACUAUUGUUCUUUAAAGAUUUUUAUGAUUGCGAGACCGUCUGACUGAAAUGCCAGAAGUACUUGACCAGUCAAAAAUUUUCAGUGCCCCGAGCCUCACCCACAGUUACUGCCCAAGAGCAUUUACAUUAGCAUUCAUAUGAAUAACCAUUCAACUGUGAGCCUUACCCCUUAUCUUUUGGAUUGGUAGGAGAAACAAUCCUAUGACAUCCUGAGUCAGAUAUUUGUAACAAUCUCAAAUGAUUCCUUUUUUUUGUUUUGUUUAGUACAAUCUUAGAUGUUUGCUGUGUUGUGACUGCAUUACUGUGCCUGCAUUUGGGAUCUAGUACACGUGUACGCAAACAAACAGGGAUCACAUGCAAUCAGAACAGACAAAUAGCCCAUUCACUCUGCCAGCAGGCUUACCUCUGUGCGGCAACAAGAAGAGGGACUGGUUGUGUGCAUACCGUCCUAAGCUCUAAAUUUGCGAGGAAUUACUUUUGCGAUGAGCUAUGGAGUCUUCUUUUAUGCGUUAGCUAGAGAAAUUCGAGCUUUAUACAUUUUAUUUAAACUACCAAAGAGAGUUCAGUAGGUAUUCGUGGAUAUUUUUCCACUUUUCUCUAGUGUAUAAAAGAUCAAUGCUAGCGGAUUUUACUCAAAGUUUGCGGUGGGUCGGCGAUGCCUUGUGUGCAUGAAUAUGACUGUUUCUCAGACUACUGAGAUAUAUCGUUGCCUUGAUAGAAACACGAUUUUAAACUGUUGGGAAAUGAUUUCCUCUAACAGCUAGAGAGGGCUCUGUUUAUUAACACUUGGCUGUUUUUGGAAGGCACAAACUGUCAAUUGUACGCACGUACAGAAAUGAAAAUGUCAGGUCCACAUUCACUGCGGAGUAACCUGAACCACACGAGUUGUGAAAUAUAUUUGCAAAUUAUACUUAUAUUUCACAAGUUCACUUUUGUCAUUGUUUAUCUGUUCUGUACAAUCAAAAUUAACCAGGAGUGAAAACAUGACUGAGAACAAUUUAAACAAUUUUUUAUUUUAUUUAUUUUUUUCUUUUGCAUUUAUUCAUUCAUGUGUGCUUGUUGUGUAUGAGAGUUUACAGAUAUGUCAGGAUGCGGCCAUUGGUUGAAUUUGGACUGUUUAAGAUUUUCCAGCAAGGGUGCUACUGAAGCUUUCCCCUUUGCUCAUUUCUUUAUUAGCUGCACUUCCCUCAAGUGUUUCCCCUCUGUGCGUUGUGAGUGUAUGUGAGUAUGAAGUAUUGUGGUGGUAGAUAGAUUCACAUGUUGUCUUUAAAUACUGUAAUCUGCGUAGCAAUGCCAAAUAUUGUAAUCUUUCCUAUUUUUGUUUCAGUCUCUAAACAAGUGUACAAUAUUGCCGUACUGAAUGUUUGAUUGUUAAACUAUACAAAUUUCUUUUCUACUCACUUUUUUCCUUUUGUUCUUGUAAAGUGAUAAAUGUUGCGCAAUCUAGGUAGGAUUAGCAGCAUGCUUACUGAUUAAAAAGACUGAAGUUUGUUUUUAGAUAUUUCUGUUUAAAUUUUCUGCUGUAAACACAAUUUGUAAAGACUGAUGGCUUUUAAAGUUGACUAAUUUAAAACUAUAAAACUUAAAGGUACAGUUUUGUAAAUUGUAGCGUAUAAUGGUGACACAUCAUUGAUCUUGCGUACACAUUCAGUCUGUCUUGUGGGAAAAUAAUCACUUCCAUGUUCUCAAGGACAUGACACUGGUGACUAUGAGGAACAACUAUGGCACGCUGGGUAAGAUUUUAAAGAACAAGAGGAAAUGUGGCCGCUACAGCUGGUUUAGGAAGUCAUUUGUAGCUUAAAUGCAGCAUUCUUCUGUGAGAGAGAGGAAAAGAAUUGUUGGUGGGCACAAUAGUAAAUGAGCACAUAGUUCACCUGCAACAGACUGAUUAGUAAACUCAGAAAGGUCAUGAAAAUGUAUUCAGUAGAUGCAAAGAAAGAAAACUAAAAUGACUCUGAACAUCCAGAAGCUUAUAUCCUUUUCUUUGGCUGUAAUCAAAGCG